GCGGCAGAGGUAUGUCAAUCAUCUUGUCGUCACAAGCAAGAUGGCGGCGCCCAUGCGGUACGCCGACUAGGAGGGUUGCGGUGGUUUCGGUCCUGCUUACUGGGGGGUUUGGUGGAUCUUAUCGUCCUCCAGAUGUUGCCGUUGAGACGUAGCUGGCGCCGCCUUGUGACGACCUCGAAUCUCAAGACAUGGUUCCAGUGUGCGAGGUGUGACGUAACGUCGGCGUCUCAUGAUGUCAGCACUUCGAAAUAUGAUGUCAUUGUCAUCGGUGGUGGUCAUGCUGGCACUGAAGCGGCAUCAGCGGCAGCGAGGGUGGGCGCCCGUACUCUGCUCAUCACGCACAAAAUAGACUCCAUAGGACAAAUGUCAUGCAACCCUUCCUUUGGUGGAAUUGGGAAAGGACAUCUGGUGAGGGAAGUGGAUGCACUGGAUGGGCUCUGCGCUCGAAUCUGUGAUCGGUCUGGAGUGCAUUACAAAGUGCUAAACAAAUGCAAGGGACCAGCUGUCUGGGGUCUACGAGCCCAGAUUGACAGAAAGCUCUACAAAGAGAACAUGCAGAAAGAAAUCCUCCAAACUCCACUUCUGACUGUUUGUGAGGCUUCUGUAGAAGAUCUUCUACUGACAGUGCCAGAGUCUGAUCAUCCGGGGAAAUGUUGUGUCAGUGGAGUCAUUUUGGAAGAUGGAAGGAGAAUGCAUGCUGGGAGUGUUGUCCUGACUACAGGAACAUUUCUGAGAGGGAUGAUCCUAAUUGGAUUAGAAAGGCAUCCUGCUGGGCGAAUGGGAGACCAGCCCUCCAUUGGCCUUGCUCAGACUCUGGAGAAACUUGGAUUUACCAUAGGAAGGUUAAAGACUGGGACUCCACCCCGACUGGCGAAAGACUCCAUUGACUUCAGUGUUCUUGGGAGACAUACUGCUGACAACUCUCCUGUGCCAUUCAGCUUCCUUAGUGAAGCUGUGUGGAUUAAGCCAGAAGAUCAGCUGUCAUGUUACCUGACUUACACAAACCCCAGAGUGGAGCAAAUCAUCCAUGAGAAUCUUCACCUGAACAACCAUGUCAGAGAGACUACAAGAGGGCCCCGGUACUGUCCCUCGCUUGAGUCUAAAGUUCUACGUUUUCCAAAUCGCACACAUCAGGUCUGGCUUGAACCUGAGGGUCUGGAUUCCAAUGUCAUCUACCCACAGGGAAUGUCACUGACGUUGCCAUCUGAGAUCCAGGAGGAGCUCAUCACCCAUAUUAACGGUUUGGAAAAAGCUAAGAUGGUACAACCAGGCUAUGGAGUUCAGUAUGAUUUUCUAGAUCCACGUCAGCUGACUGCCUCCCUGGAGUCUCUCCUUGUCCAGCGGCUUUUUCUCGCAGGGCAGAUAAAUGGCACAACAGGCUACGAGGAAGCUGCAGCUCAGGGUGUAGUUGCUGGAAUCAAUGCUGGCUUGCGGGUCAAAGGGGAACCUCCCUUUAUUGUAAGUCGCACUGAGGGUUACAUUGGCGUUCUGAUUGACGAUCUCACUACUCUGGGCACCAGCGAGCCAUACCGGAUGUUCACCAGCCGAGUGGAGUUUCGGAUGUCCUUGCGUCCAGAUAAUGCUGACAGCAGGCUCACCUUUCGAGGCUUUAAUGAAGCUGGCUGUGUGUCCCAAAAUCGAUACCAGCAAGCAUCGCAGAUGAAAGCAAUGUUGGAAGAAGGAAUAGAAACACUGAAAUCUAUUCAGUUCAGCUGCACAAAAUGGGCCCAGCUCAUACCAGCGGCUACAAUAAGUGCUAGUCGCAGCUCUCCUUGCAGUGCUCUGGACAUCCUUCAGUACCAGGAGAUCAAUAUGGAGAUAUUGUCAAGAGCUGUCCCAGAGCUCCUCACAAAGUUUGCUGAAUGGAGACAACUGGCAGAGAGGCUGAAAAUAGAAGCUGUUUACAAAUGGCACGUGUCCCUUCAGAAGUUGGAAAUAGAGGAAGUGCGUCAAGAUGAGGCUCUUCAGCUGCCAGAAGAUCUAGAUUAUUUUGCCAUCAGUGCAUCACUAUCCCAGGAAGUGCGAGAGAAAUUACAUUUGCACCGUCCACAGACGAUUGGUGCUGUCAGCCGCAUUCCUGGAAUUACACCGGCUGCUGUUGUUAAUCUACUGAGGUUUGUGAAAAAUAAUCACAAAAGAGCAAAGGGAAUAAAUGACUUCUCUAGGAUUGCCAGCCGCUUCCCAAAUGGGGAUCCGCCAGGGCAAAGAAUGUUCCAAGCUGCUGAUGUGUGAUCAGUGCUUCUUGAGCAAAAGCCAUUGAACAGUUAUUUGUAUGUGCUUCUUUAGCCUGUAGUUUUAAGGUCAAGAUACACUAUGCAUGUAUCCAAUUGCUAUCCAAUAAAUGCAUAGACAAAGCUA